CGCCAAAGAUGGCGGCGCCCAGAGCGGUCGCGUGAAAGUUGGUGGUGGAAGAGGCUGUCCAAUUGUGCGGGCAUCAAAAGAGCGGGGACCGUGCGCCAUGUCGCGACUCAUCGUGAAGAACCUCCCGAAUGGGAUGAAGGAGGAGCGUUUCAGGCAGCUGUUCUCCGCCUUCGGCACGCUGACGGACUGCAGCCUGAAGUUCACCAAGGAUGGCAAGUUCCGCAAGUUUGGCUUCAUCGGCUUCAAGUCCGAGGAAGAGGCCCAGACGGCACUGAACCAUUUCAACAAGAGUUUUAUCGACACAUCACGGAUCACAGUGGAGUUCUGCAAGUCAUUUGGGGACCCAGCAAAGCCCCGAGCCUGGAGCAGACAUGCACAGAAACCAGGCCAGUCCAAGCAGCCUUCAAAAGACAAAGGCUCCGUCCCCCCAGAAGCUAAGAAAGAUCACAAGAAGAAAAAGGUAGCAGGUGAACUGGAGAAGCUGAGGGAAGACACCGAGUUCCAGGAGUUCCUGUCGGUUCACCAGAAGCGCACGCAGACAGCCACUUGGGCCAACGAUGCCAUCGACACGGAGCCCUUGAAAGGGAAAAGCAAGCCAGCCAGUGACUACCUGAACUUCGACUCCGAUGAGGGGCAGGAGAGUGAGGAGGAGGGAGCCGGGGAGGACCCGGAAGACGAGGACGACGGCCUUGAACCGAAGGCAGCUGUGCAGAAGGAGCUGUCGGACAUGGAUUACCUCAAGUCCAAGAUGGUGGAGGCCGAGUCGUCGUCCUCGGAGGAGGAGGAGAGUGAAGGUGAAGCCGUGAGCUGUGAUGAAGGCAGCGAGGCCGAGCAAGAGGAUUCCUGCGCCGCCCACGCCCAGCAGGAUGGAGAGAGAACGGGGGCCGGCCAAGAGCGAGGGACCCCACCUGGGAACAGGAAACCACAGGAGGCCAGAGCCGAGACAGAGAAACCAGCAAACCAGAAGGAACCCACCACCCCCUACACUGUGAAGCUGCGGGGAGCCCCGUUCAGCGUCACAGAGAAAAACGUUGUGGAAUUCCUGGCCCCCCUGAAGCCAGUGGCCAUUCGAAUAGUGAGAAAUGCUCACGGGAACAAGACAGGGUACGUCUUUGUGGAUUUCAGCAGCGAGGCGGAAGUGAAGAAAGCCCUGAAAUGCAACAGAGAAUACAUGGGUGGACGCUACAUCGAGGUGUUCAGGGAAAAGAACGUCCCCACGGCCAAGGAGCCCCUGAGGAAUAGCGCCAAGCCCUGGCAAGGCCGCACGCUCGGGGAGAACGAAGAGGAGGAGGGCCUGGCUGACUCCGGGAGGCUCUUCGUGCGAAACCUGCCCUACACCAGCUCCGAGGAGGACCUGGAGAAGCUCUUCUCCAUAUACGGUCCCCUGUCUGAGCUCCAUUACCCCAUCGAUGGCCUGACCAAGAAACCCAAGGGCUUCGCCUUCGUCACCUUCAUGUUCCCCGAGCACGCCGUGAAGGCCUACGCGGAGGUGGAUGGGCAGGUGUUCCAGGGCAGGAUGCUCCACCUGUUACCAUCUACCAUCAAGAAGGAAGCCAGCGAGGAGGCCAACGCCCCGGGAUCGUCGUCUUACAAGAAGAAGAAAGAGUCUAAAGACAAAGCCAGCAGCUCCAGCUCUCACAACUGGAACACGCUGUUCAUGGGCCCCAACGCAGUGGCCGACGCCAUCGCACAGAAGUACAGCGCCACCAAGAGCCAAGUGUUUGACCACGAGACCAAGGGCAGCGUGGCCGUGUGCGUGGCCCUGGGGGAGACCCAGCUCGUCCAAGAAGUGCGAUGCUUCCUCAUCGACAACGGAGUCAGUCUGGAUUCCUUCAGCCAGGCCGCAGCGGAGCGAAGCAAGACCGUGAUCCUGGUGAAGAACCUCCCAGCGGGCACCCUGGCGGCCGAGCUGCAGGAGACCUUCGGCCGAUUCGGCAGCCUGGGCCGCGUGCUGCUGCCCGAGGGCGGCAUCACCGCCAUCGUGGAGUUCCUGGAGCCGCUGGAGGCCCGCCAGGCCUUCAGACAUCUGGCCUAUUCCAAGUUUCACCACGUCCCCCUGUAUCUGGAGUGGGCUCCAGUGGGCGUCUUCUCCAGCUCAGCCCCGCAGAAGAAAGAACCCCAAGACGCACCAGCGGAUCCCGCGGAAAAGGACAGGAUGGAGCCAGAGACGGUGCCAGACAGCGAGACCCCCGAAGGUGUGAAGCCAACAGAGGGAGGAGCUGAUGGCUCUUCAGCCAAGGUGGGAGAAGAGGAGGAGGAAGAGGAGGAGGAGGAAGAGAGCCUUCCUGGGUGUACUCUGUUUAUUAAAAAUCUCAACUUCGACACCACUGAGGAGACGCUGAAGGCAGUGUUUUCCAAAGUGGGAAUGGUGAAGAGCUGCUCUAUUUCCAAGAAGAAGAACAAAGCAGGCGCACUGCUCUCCAUGGGCUUUGGGUUCGUGGAAUACAGGAAGCCAGAACAGGCCCAGAAAGCGCUCAGGCAGCUCCAGGGUCAUGUUGUGGACGGCCACAAGCUGGAAGUGAGGAUCUCGGAACGAGCCACGAAGCCAGCCCUGACCUCCGCCCGGAAGAAACAAGUUCCCAGGAAGCAGACAACCUCCAAGAUUCUGGUGCGGAACAUCCCCUUCCAGGCUGACAGCCGGGAGAUCCGAGAGCUCUUCAGCACCUUCGGGGAGCUCAAGACCGUCCGCCUGCCAAAGAAGAUGACCGGGACAGGCUCGCACAGAGGGUUCGGCUUUGUCGACUUCCUCACUAAGCAGGACGCGAAGAGAGCCUUCAACGCCCUGUGUCACAGCACCCACUUGUACGGCCGGAGGCUGGUCCUGGAGUGGGCCGACUCGGAGGUGAGCCUGCAGGCCCUGCGGCGGAAGACGGCAGAGCACUUCCAUGAGCCCCCGAAGAAAAAGCGGUCUGCGGUGUUGGACGAGAUCCUGGAGCAGCUGGAGGACGGCGAGGACGGCGGCGAGGAGCAGGCCCUUCAGCUGUGAGCUGGCGCCCAGCGGGCUGCUGAGCUGGAGUUCACACCUACAUCUGACUGAGGACUGCUCACAGCUGGGGCCUUGGCCUCUCUGCUGCCCCAUCCUCGUCACUUGGGACUGAGCCCUGGUCUAGUCACCAGGGCAUCCUCCUCCGUCCCCGCCGGCCACAGGGCUGCUCAUGACACCCUGAGCUCUGAGCCCAGACAUGCGUUGAGCUCAGCUGUGUCGCUAAUGGCGGACGCGCUCUGCUCACAGGCUGGGGGCCCUAUGAAAUGCAUCGAGGUCCCCAGCCCUGGCAAACGAUGUCCCAAGGCUUCUCCCAGUCUUGGGGCACCCGCGUGCGCGCACCUCCUCCAGCCUGGAGAUGAGUCUCCCCCAUGGGGAGGGCCUGUGCCCAGCAGACGCCAGGAGGCAGGAUGGUGGAGAGGAAGGAGCUACAGCCGUCUGCCCUGGAUCUGAACCCUGGCCUAGCCUUCCCAGCUGUGUCCUUGGACCAGUGAGGUUCCCUCUGACCCUCAGCUUCUCUUUCUGUAAGAUGGGGGUGAGGUUGUGCCUCCUCAGAGACAGUGCUUGGACUAAGUCAGCCAAUCCAAGUAAAGCCCAGAGGAAACGCCAUCGGCCCUGUGGUUUCCUCCAGCAUUUGGGAGGCUGGGCGGGGCUCCAGGUGCAAAUCCAGGAAGCUUUGACUAUGUGAGUAAGGCUUGGUCUGUGUCUGUGCCGGGGGUUUCUGGAAGGCGGUUCCAGUCUCCGUCCAGUUUUCGGAGUGCCCUGGACCCCAAGCAAGGCUCCUCGGCUCUGGCAGCCCUGAGAGGCUAAGUGAACCCCCAGUUCCUGUGGGGCGUUGCAUCCUAGUCCCUCCUGGCUCGUCCCUGAGAAGUAACAGAGGGGUGACCCACGGCCUCAGGUGACUGCAGCCUCUGGGCAGGGGCUGGAUGGUGGGGUCAACGUUAAACCUCACCCAGGCCAGACCCUCCGGUGACCAGGCUCCCACGUUGCCAUGGGUCUCAGGCAUAACAGUGCUGGGUCCACCCCGUUCCUCUCCACUGCUCAUCCUGUUUAGGGGCACGUGGGUCCUUCUGCAUGAACACACAGUUCGUGCUCACAUUUCUACACCACUGGAGCUGGGGGAUGGUCCCUGGUCACCAAAUACAGGAUCGUCAGACCCAUGGGCCUGGCACAGAAAGAGGCAUCGUUGGCACCAACUUCCCUGACCAGAUGACAGUACCAGAACAUGCCCAGAGCAGGAUUCGCCACCUCCUGGUGUCGGCGUGCCGAGCUCGGGCUCUGCAUUCAGACCAGCCUGGGUUCCAGAUAGUGGUCCACCACGCAGCAGCCUCCUGAGCCUGGGCCAGGGGCCUAACCUUCUGAAUCCUCAGUCUCCUGUCUUUAAAAUGGGCAGAUGCUAAUAGUGUGUCCAUCAUCCCAGGGCGUUGUGAGGCCCGGAGAGCUUCGGGCGCCUGCAGGACGUGGAUCUGACCCCAGAGACUGUGGUCUUUACCCUUCGUGCUCUCCUGCCUUCUCAGAGGAGGCUCAGCAACAGCAGGGGUGACGGAGUUGAUGGCCUGCCCAUCAAGCUGAUGGCUGAGGAGGGUGCUACCAGCCCCUCCUGGGGACCAGGCCUGGGGACAAAGGAAGCCGGGAGACCACGUCCCCUUCCCUUCUUCCUGCCCCCGCCUGGCCUCUGUGCCCCCACCCCGGGGGCUCCCUGUCUAGACACGGGGGAGGGGGGGCCAUAAGCAAAUAGGAGUAGUCGAUUCGACUCCCGUAGAGAUCUCGGGGUGCCCCAUCACCCCACCUUCAUGCCACACCUGGCUUUUGUGGACGCCCACUGUAGACGCCACCCUCGUCUCCUCCCUCCCUCCUCCCCCAGGAGCACUGCCUUCUGCACACACUGCCUUCUGCACACGCAGCCGGAGGGAUCCAGCUGAGUCCAUGAACUGGAUCCUGACAGUCGUGGUUUAAAUCCUCAGGGCCCUCCACACACACAAUCAAGUCCACUUCUCACCCAACAGGGAGGCCUGCCUCGUCUGACCCUGCCCCCCACCCCUCACUUACACACUCGGGCCUCUCCAGCUCCCUCCGACCUCAGGGCCUUUGCACUUGCCCUUGCCUCUGCCUGGGGCACUCUUCCCCACAUGUUUCCUGACUGUCUCCUUUUUUAUUCCCCUUUGAGAUCUGAGUUUAAAUUCCCCUCCUCAGAGGGACAGUCCCUGACCCGGUCAUCGGAAAUAGCCAGACUCAGCUCCCCUCGCACGCCCAGACCCGCCCCACGGCCCUGUCUCAGACAUCCCUGCCCCUUCCCCUUUGAAAAUAACAGCUGCUUUAGACAGUCAGGAGCUACUGAAGCUGUCGUAGUUUUUAUUACUGUCGUCAUCAUCGUCACCAUCGUUAUUCUGGAAGGAAGUAAAGCGUAGGGAGGUCAUAACCAGGUAAAGCUAGGGAGAGUACUAGCCUGGCCUGGAGCAGAGGCCCCAUCUGUCCCCUUUCAGGGCGGGGCCGCCGCAUCUAGGAGAAAUCCGUCCACCCGGUGUUCGGGGUGAAUUGGGGGGGCUCCGGCCUUGAGCUGGGGCCGCAGGGAGACGGGUAGUCACUGUCGGCCCCACGGGGUGGGGUGGGGGCUUCGGUGGAGUCUGAAGUGAUGUCGGGACAUCAGCGGUCCAAACCACCAGAAGAUCUAGGAGAGCAAUUCCAGAAUAAACUACGGAGGUGGUGGCUGAGGCAGGAGAGCCGCCCGGGGUCCGCGUGUGGACUGGCUGGGGCAGGAUGCAGGCUCCUCCGUUCCUCAGGGCCUGUGGCCCCCAGAUGGCCGGGAGACAGCUGGGAAGGGAACGUGAUGGCAGGUGGACUAGAGCAGGUGCCCGGGACGGGAGAGGUGAUGCGGAGAGGCCCGGGGACCACAGGGGGUCAGCGGGACCCUGCCCCUGGACGAGGCCUGGGGGCCCGGGGUGUUCAGGAGUGGGGCUCGGGUGGCGGGGGAGACCGGGCCAGGCUGUUGCAGAGUCGGGGCUGGACCCCGCUGUGUGCCCGCCUACCUUGACCCCCACGGGUCGACUUUUCCAGGCUCCCCUGCCGACAGGCUUCCAGUUGCAGAGGUGGGCACCAGCGGGCGCCUGGGUGCUGGUGGAGGAGAGGUGCCCGGGCCUUCCCCUCCUCCCUCUGUCCUGGGCGAGGCUCCAGCCCUGGGCCCUGCUAACACCACCGCCUCCCUGAGGGCCUCCUCCUCGGGGGUGUGGUCCCCCACGGGCCUCCGGCUCUCAGGUCUUCCAGCUCCCUUGUAACUAGUUCUCCUCCUGAAGUCGCUCUGUGGAAGUGCGGGACAGGCACGGCGAGGAUACGGGGCAUCUUCCGGGGAUGGCAGGAAGGAGGCGGUGCUGGCCGGGUGCAGGGGCUGAGAAGCAGAGCUGGGAGGGCGAGAGUUUGGCCAUUUGUGCGCAUGGGGCUCCAGAAGGCCGAGCAGAUGGGGACCCAGGAACUGCAGAAGCUUGGUGGUCGGGGGGGUGAGCCGAGGGCGUGAGGCCCCCGCAGAGCCCUGAAGGGUAGGACGGAGUGUUCCGAAUGUGGGGCCCGGCCUGAGGAGGAGAGGCAGCCAAGGCCCCUGGGCCAGGUGAGGAGAGUGCUGUGCAGACCCCCGUGGACGGGUGAGGAGGACGUGCAGUCAGCCUGCAGGAGGGGACACGGUCAGACAGGAGGGGCAGAGCUGAGUGACAGUGAGGGCGCCGCAGGGGGAAGGCAGAACGCACAGGCCCGAUUGCACCCACAGGCAGCGCCCACCGCCUCUGUGACCUCCCACAAGGGUCUCAGCAUCUCUGCCUUGAUUUCCAUCUUUAAAAUGGGCAGGAGACUUCCUGCCUCAUAGGGUUUUUGUGAAGAUUAACUAGAAGGUCAUGGAUGGAAAGCACUUGGCAGGCUGUUUCAUGCCUAGCAACGCUGAAUAUAGAUGGUAGUCAUCUUCAUUGUUAUUACUAUUAUGUAACAAAGAAGAAAGCUUAUGGGGCUAAACCCAGCGAAUGCCCAAGGAAGUCAGACCCCCACGUGUGUGUUCCAGGCCUGCUGGAGGCACGGGCAAGACUGGGAGUCACCAGGAGGUGGGUCUGGCAGAAAGGAGUCCCUGUAUCCAGGAAGGUGGCCUGGGGGGGCCUGCCCAGAGCAGGCACUUCGUUUACCCAGUUAUUGUUGCACAAAGCCAGGCCCAGGAUCAGUGGUGGCCGAGGUGCAGUUGGGAAACAGGCGAGCCCCUUCUGCUGGAGCGAUGCCCUGGCGUUGCUGUUUGUUCCUAGUCCUUGCCAUCCUGGGGCUCACCUGUGGGCAGGGACGCCAUUGCCACCGUAGAAUUUUUUCUGAGAGCCAGACUCGGGCCCCUGGGUCAGCGCUUCUCGGUCAGUCCACAGACUUGAGCAGUUUAGAGAAAGGCCCUCGCCGUGGGGUGAUCCCUGGGUGUGCAGUGGAGGCCCGGGCCAGGCCUGGAGGGCUGCCUCCCUCUGGGAAACGAGCUGGCAUCCUCCGGCCGGUUUGCACGCUGGGCAGGGGCUGGCGUGGAGGAUCGUGAGACCAGGGGAGCCCAGGUUCCAGCGGAAGCGUCUCAACUCUGGGAGGGCACGAGGCAGCUUGUGGCUUCUCAGAAAGGGGAGGAGGAGGGGGCACAGGCCAGAGGCAGAGGCUGGCAGACCGAGUCCUCAAGCCAGCCGCUCAUCCUCACCCCCUUCAUUCAUUCAUCAAACACUCAGAAGGCGCCCUGUGUGCAAGGCGCUGUGCUGGGCACCAGGGACCUCAGGACGGACACACUGUGUCCACACGAGGGUCUGUCGCCAGCCUUGGAGACCCUCGCCCCAGGCGGAAGACAAUUUCCAGCGGCCUCUGCCCGCCUGUCUUCCCCCUUUUGCUGCCUCCUCCGGCUUUUUUGUCUUGCGGCCGGCCGGCCUCGCACGCCCGUCUGUGCUGCGCGGCGUCUAGGAAGGGAUUAGCACGAGCCGGGCAGGCAGGCUCUGGUGAACAGAGCUGAGUUUGGUUUCAACAUCUAAUUCAAUUUGUUCUGCUGAGAUUGAAAUAUGAAAUGGUUGCCAGUCAAACGUUCAAAGGACUGAACGGCGCAGGGAGAGUGAGCGCCUGCUGAAAUUCAAAUUUUAAUGAAAAUGACUUUAACCCUUUGGUGCCCCUCGCAGAAAUGGAACACGUUCUCCCGUCCUGUGAAAAAACCUCUUGGGGUCUUUCUUCCCCAGCGUCUCUUUUGCUGAGCUUCACUAAUAAUGUCUCAUAAUUUUUUUUCUGCAGUAUGAAUAAAAAAUUAAUGGAA